AUGUCGCACGCGGAGCAGCCCGAGGACAAGCCCCCAGUGGCUACCGAGCAGGAGGACCAGGAGGACAAUGAGGCAGUUCCCAACGAUGAGGAAGAGAUCUCGGCGAUGAAGCGCCGCGUGGCAGAAAUGGAAGAGGAGGCAAACAAGCUACGCGAAAUGCAGGCCACUCUCGAGCAACAGACGGCCGACCUUACCGACGACAAAGAGACGGUAGAUGCGCGCAGCAUAUUCGUUGGCAACGUCGACUACUCAGCAUCUCCCGAAGAGAUCCAGGCGCAUUUCCAGACCUGCGGCUCCAUCAACCGAGUCACGAUCCUCCUCGACAAAUUCACGGGUCAACCGAAAGGGUAUGCAUAUGUCGAAUUCACAGAACCAAGCCUCGUGGCCCAGGCCCUCGUGUUGAACGAAAGCGUCUUCAAAGGUCGUAACAUCAAGGUCACCCCCAAGCGCACCAACGUCCCUGGUAUCAACCGUGGCCGCGGCCGUGGCGGUUUCCGUGGAGGCCGAGGAUUCGGUGGUCGUGGAGGGCCCAGGGGCGGUGGCUAUCGUGGCGGAUAUCGUGGGCGUGGACGAGGCUACACCCCUUAUUAG